AUGGCGAGACAACCGUCUGAGCGUGGAGUCCGGGUUGAUAUUGGAUCUUGCUGGGGGUUCGGCAUCUGUUCCAGCACCUCUGCCGACGUCUCGUUGAGGAGCAUUACCGACGCGGUACUUGCGGAUGCAAUCAGAAACGCUGGAGCCAGGCUGGGGAAUCCUACGGGAUGUGAAGACUGA